GGCUGGGGAGUAUUGGUGAUACUGCGAGUAACCCCUUGCGGUGACCCCGCCGCCAGUCCCUCUCCCAGUGUCCGCACAAAGCAGUGACGUCUCUGGCGCAGGUUGGCGGAGCAGAGGGUGACGCGCGUCCCGGGAGGUGGCAGCGGUGACGCGGCGGCCGGGGGCGGGACCGGAGCGCACACACAGGCGGCUGCGUGCUGACUUCCUCAUAGUGGUCACUGUGGCGGGCGGCCGCUCUGACCGCACUGUCUGUCCGCUGGGGGACUUCUGAGACUCGGCUCCUCCCGGAGUGCUGGCUGAGGAGGCGAAUUUUCAGCGCAAACUGGCAUGAUGCUCACCGUUCUUCUAAAGAGGUGAUUCGUGUAACUGACAAUGGCUGACAAGAGUGCUAGGCCGACGCCUGGACCCUUGUUAAUUGAGGUGGAAUACGAUUAUGAAUAUGAGUAUAAGAACAAGAAGAUAGUUAUUAAGCAGGGGGAGAAGUAUAUUUUGAUGAAAAAGUCAAAUGAAGACUGGUGGCAGGUGAAAAAGGAUGAAAACUCCAAACCACUGUACGUUCCAGCUCAGUACGUCAAAGAAGUUGGUAGAAAGGCAUUGAUGCCACCUGUCAAACAGGGCAUUUUGCCCAACAGUCCUCUGAAGGUUAUGCAAGGGCUGCAGAGGUCCACAGAGAAUGUAAAUAAAUCUCCAGAGCUUUCUAGUUUUGGGAAAACCACUACAAUUCGAGAUGCCAAUCAGAACUUUGGACCCAGCAGUAGCCCGGGACAGACAAGAGGACUGACUCUAGAUCUUGUACACAACAAUGGCAAGUUGGGUACUGAUUUGAAUUCACCAAAGGCCACUAGCAGGAGCCCCUCAGCCCUGCACUUUCCUGUUCCGGAGCUAAUGGAAAUAGAAAAGACUAGCUUUUUAAAUGACCACUCGGAUUCAGCUGGGGAAAACUCAGAAAAACUUCUGGCAGAUUCGGAAUCUGGAGAUGAGCUAAGCAGCAGUUCUACAGAACAAUUGCAGUUUUCUGUCUCUCCUGCUCCUGCAAGAUCUGACUCUCCUGUAUAUGCAAAUCUACAAGAACUGAAGAUUUCUCAGUCCAAUCUUCCCCCACAGCCACAGACUCCCCCAGUCCAAAUUACAGGGGAGUGGGAAACCCACAAAGAUAACACUGGACGUUUCUAUUAUUAUAAUAAAACUACACAAGAACGAACGUGGAAACCGCCGCGCUGCACAAGAGAGACAAGUAGGGGAGAGUCAUUUUCUCAGGCAGAUCAUGAGCAACUUUCAGCAGAAGAAAAUUUUCACAACACUUGUGACAGUCAAUCAGAUAGUCUGUAUGGUUCUCCUCCCAAGGGUUGGUCAGAAGAAUUGGAUCAGCAUGGUCAUACAUUCUUUAUCAAUGACCAAACCAAUGAGAAGUGGAUGAAACACGUGGACGAGCAAGGCAGACCAUAUUACUACACUGCUGACGGCUCACGCUCUGAAUGGGAGUUGCCAAAGUAUAAUUCCUUAUUACCACCUCAUCAGAGAGAGAUCACUAAAAGCCGGAGUCUUGACAGAAAGUUCCAGGAACCAAUCGUAUUAACAAAGUGGCGGCACAGCACAUAUCUACUGGAGACCAGCGACAAGUUACAUAUCAAGCAAAAGCGUAAUUCCUCAGUGUAUUACAUGCCUAUCCCAGGUUUUAUGACUCCUCCUUGCUCAGAAAAAGAAUCAACAGCUACAUCCAAGCAAAAUAUCCCUGAUGUUGAGACCUCCCCAUCCUCUCCAAAGCACCAGUCAACGGAUCAAGAAAAGUACGGUGUGUUAAAUGUAACCAAAAUAACAGAGAAUGGGAAAAAAGUUAGGAAGAACUGGACAUCAUCAUGGGCUGUCCUACAAGGCUCUUCCAUUUUGUUCCAAAGCUCUGGAGCUAGCUGGAAGUUUGGGAGUAACCAAUCCAAACCAGAGUUCACCGUUGAUCUUAAAGGAGCCUCAGUUGAAUGGGCUGCGAAGGACAAGUCCAGCAAGAAGAAUGUUAUAGAGCUAAAAAUUCCUUCAGGAACAGAACUGCUGAUACAAUGUGAAAAUGACACUAUGAUUAAAGAAUGGUACUCGGCACUUUGCAACACCAUCGGCGUUCCGAUUGCGGAGGCUGAGGAGGUCAGUGAGGAUAAUGUGCCUGACUCCCCGGUAGAUAAACACGGGAAAGAUAAACAUGACAAGGAAAAGGAUCAUGAAUCCAAAAAGAAUCGUUCGAUCAAACAAACAGCCAGCAUUGAUAAUUCAGAGCAAAAAAAGACUAAAACAAAGUUGAAGAAGUUUCUUACCCGGCGUCCGACGAUGCAAGCUGUCCGUGAGAAGGGUUACAUUAAAGACCCCGUGUUUGGCUCCAGUUUGGCCAGUCUUUGUCAGAGAGAGAACACUACCGUGCCAAUAUUUGUAAAGAUGUGCAUCGACCAUAUUGAGGAACAUGGGUUGGACAUUGAUGGUCUAUACAGAGUCAGUGGAAACCUUGCUGUGAUACAGAAGCUCAGAUUUGCAGUAACGCAUGAUGAGAAACUUGACUUGAAUGACACUAAAUGGGAAGAUAUUCAUGUGAUUACGGGGGCACUGAAGAUGUUCUUCAGAGAGCUUCCAGAACCUCUCUUCACAUUUAACCACUUUAAUGACUUUGUGAAUGCAAUCAAACAAGAGCCCAAGCUUCGUGUUCAAGCCGUCAAAGAUUUAAUUAAGCAGUUGCCAAAACCGAACCAAGACACAAUGCAGGCGCUCUUCAAGCAUCUCAAACAUGUUGUGGAAACUGGAGAAAAGAACAGAAUGACGUUUCAAAGUUUAGCAAUUGUUUUUGGUCCAACUUUGCUAAAGCCGGAACAAGAGACUGGUAAUAUUGCCAUUCACACAGUAUACCAGAAUCAAAUCGUGGAGCUCAUUCUGCUGGAAUAUAACACGAUAUUUGGCCGCUGAUCUCACCGCUCUUGGAGCAUUCAUCUCAUCCUGAAGGACACUUCAUGCAUUUUUGUUGUUGUUUUUUAAAUUUUAUUUUUUUAUCGGUUUUGGACCAAACCGCUUGAGUUCACUUUUGCACUUCUAAGAAGACAGUGAGAACCACUGAAGUCUGAAAGAUUUGACCUACAUAACUUUCUCCACUUGGCAGUGACUUUUCAUUCUUGACUCUUAUUCGAGUUUUGCAUUCAGUUGCUUGUUUCCCUUACACAAGUCUAACACAGACACUGGAUUGACUGGAAAAUAAAACUACUAUUUUCAUGCCGCAGAUAUGAACCUUUAAUCACUGUUGCUUGUUCUGAAGUGUUUGAAGCUGAUCUUGGUACUUGGUGGUGAUACAUUUGAAGUUAAUUCUUAGUGAAAUUGCAUCUCGUAGUUGUCUUUUGAAGCUGACGGUGACAUUUUGUGUUGUGCAGCAUAUGCAGUAAAAAGGUCCAUAAGAACUAACAUUGCUCAGUUCUGCAAAGAGCUAAUGCAGCAUUUCUCAAGCUUUAUUCACUGGUAAAUGUUUGCUUCUGUCAUUAUGGCCUUGCAGAACUGCACAAUAGUAGUAGUAUUAUUUGUAUUCUUGGUAAACCACUGAAAUCCCACUUUGGACUAUUUAUCAACGUGUUUGACUGACCUUUUAAGUGUGUGUAAAAGUCAAGUGUUCUAUUGCAUUGCUACUUACUGUCCUAACCGGAAGCCUGGCCCUACAUUGAGAACUGAUACUGUAUACGGUGGCUGUGCUGAUUCUGUGGUAUUAAAAUGAUACAUUGAUGUAAAUAGAAGCCAGAUAGCUGUAUAACAUUUGGCUCACUGUAUAUAAUGAAAGCUGUAUAGUCUUAUUUUCUCUUCCCAUUUCACACUUUCUAAUACAAUCCAGGCAGCUCUUUGCUUGAUCCUGCGAGACAAACGCCUGUCGGAACUAACUGUAUGCACUUUUAGAUGGAAACUAUUUUAUUUGCAGGGAGACUUUUUAAGCAGAGGUACUGGAAAUAUUUAAAAGGCUUUGAGUUCUUGAGCCGGUGAGUUAUUUAAUAUGUACAGUAUAUUUUAGAGAAGAAAAACAAGAUGCCACAAGAAAGUUCUAUAUUUCAUUGUGCCUGAAGGGGCGGGCGGAAAGAAGCCCAUUUAUGAAUUGGUAACGCUUUAAAGAUCAAAAUAAUGACCUGUGAAUUUGAAGUAUUUCUAUUACAUUUAACAAUGUAAACCAAUUUGUAAAAUAAAAGUGAAUCUGGAAGAUUUUGUUACAAGAAA